AUGCCUCUUGCCCUUCAAUUGGACAUUGAGGGUCGUCAGCUUGUAAUCUGCGGUGCAAUUGCUCUAGUGUGUACUAGUGCCAUUGCAUAUCUCUACUUGAGGCCUCACAAGGGCAACUAUCCCAAGCUUGACGCAUCCAAUAACGGCCUGCGUGUAAAAUUCCGCAGCCAGUUCAGGCCCAGGCCAAAUGCCGCAGAAGAUGCCAAAUUGACAGCACGGGGCGAGCUGGAAUUCUACAAGGAGCUCUUUUUCAAGCUCCAGAACUUGGAGGACUUCCCCGACACAAAGCCUCUGGGACGCCAGUCUUUUCUAAUCCUGCUUUCGCAAGCACUGGAGGACUACGUCAAGGCUCCAAGCAGCAGCAGCAGCAGUAUAUUGUCGAUCAAACGCUUCGACGAGAAGGAGCUUGCUCGAUUUCUUGACAGCCAACAGGACAAUGUCACCAGUCAAUAUCAUGAGUACAUCGGUCGCCGAAAAUCCGGGGGACCGCGCGAGUUGUUCGAAAACAAGCAGAUGGCCGGAGAUCUGCUGCGCAACAUGGCACCGCUGAAGUUGGUGGACGGGGCCUGGCUCGGCCAUUUCAACAAAAUCACCAUGCCGUUCGCGCUGAGAUCGAUAGUGAAGCAGACGUGGCAGGUGUUCACAGAGGAACUGGGAAAUGGCAAUGCGGAACAACACCAUGUGAAGAUCUUCGAGGAGCUGCUGGGGGCGUUUGAGCCGGACUUGCCCUCGCCUACAACAAAGGCGAUUCUGCACCCGCGGUACAGGCUGGGGAAUCUGAAGUACUGGAGAGCAGCAGCGGCACAGCUGCUUGUUUCGCUGUUUCCGCAUGAGUUUGUUCCGGAGAUUCUGGGGUUCAAUAUGCAUUUCGAAGCUCUCCAGCUGGAUACCAUGCAAGCGGCGAAGGAGCUGCCAGAGCUUCAUCUCAAUCCGUAUUAUUUUUUGCUUCAUGUUUCAAUCGAUAAUAGUCACUCUGGUCAUGCUGCUAUGGCUAUGACGAGUGUCGUCGACUACAUACAGCAUCUUGCUGAGACGGAGGGCGGGGUAGCAGCUGAGGUGGGCUGGAAGAGAAUCCAGGCUGGAUAUAUCUUCAGCGAGUGGUUAAUAAAAAAGGGCAACCAGCCAACCAACAUUCUCCCCGAACUCAAUGCCGAUUCGAACGUUGCGCUGGAGUCCAGAGUCCUGGCGAUAUUCCGCUCCAAGCUCCAGGCUGCCCAUAGACUGCACUGUGGCAGCCGGGUGAAGAUCGGACAUCGUCUGCUGGCCGACUGGCUGGAUCCUGAAGCGUUCUUGGUCGAUGGAUGGCAGCAAGAGUUCAUGCAAUGUCUGGGCUCUUGUAAACCAUGGAUAUACCCCGGUGACAGCCAAAGGAGCAGACUGGUGCAAGAGCUGCGAUGGGGAGGGAGGAUGUACGGCUCAUUCACCAAGAGCGAAGUCGAAACACUGGAGCUUUGGAUCAAUUCCAUGAUCCACGACCGAGUCCCUUUCUAUUACUCAUUCAUUGAACCGACGCCGCGCUCGAUAUCCAAGGAACCAGACACCGACAAGAGGGACAACAUAGUCCCCGUUAGCCACGCAAAGACCGAACCAGAAAGCCUUCCUACAACACCAUCAAUAACAACAGACCUCAAUCUAUCCUCCUUAUUACCCCUCUGGUUCACACAGUGCUGUCUCCUGGAGUCAUUCCUAUACGCCCCGGGAAGAACAACCGACGCCAUCGGCUGCGCCGUAGUCCGCUUCCUCCGCUUCCAAUCCGGCUUCGAAACAGAACACCCCAUCGUCACCGGCAAAGACGAGUACUCCGACACGGCCGAGAACGGUGGAAUCGUCGAUUUCGGGCUCGAAAUGCUGCGUCUCGUAUCAUCCGCAUCCACAUCAUCUCUCCCAAUACCCCUCGACCUACACAGCCUCCUCUCCCGGUGGCCGUGUGAGUUCGCCAUGAUGAUGCUUAAACUCGCGUCCAGCCCGAUCCAGAACUUCGGAAUCCUGCUCGGCAUGUCGAUGGCGUUUCUGGAGCUGCAGGAGAUGGUUUCCGAGUUCUCGAGUCCACGCUUGCUUUGCCCGAAAAGUAGUGAGCGGCUUGCGGCGCUGGCCAGGAAGCAGUAUCAGUGUCUGCAGGUUUGUUUGCAGCAUAUACCGGAUGGAGAUGGGCGUCAUUCGGACUACCAUCGUGGGUAUGGCAUGGCAAAGGCGGAGAUAGAUAAAUGUUUCAAGGGUACAGUGUCGGAGUAA